UGUGUAGCUAAAAUUUUAAGAUGGCGGACAUGAAAUGCUUAUUUACUCGUGUUUAUUAAACUGUUUCUGCUCUGUAUAAGGACUUUCAAGUUGUGAUGAGUUUUCCUGAUACCUACGUAAGAGGAUUUCAUAACGAAUCUCUGGUCUUAAACAUGAAAUAUCGUCCCCUUGGUAAGACCGGACUACAAGUUUCAACACUUAGUUUCGGUGCAUCAUCUCUUGGCAGUGUCUUCAGAAAGACUGAUGAUUCAGAAUCCAUCCAGGUUGUCCAAGAAGCAGUAAAAUCUGGUAUCAAUCUCAUUGACACAGCACCAUGGUAUGGACAUGGAAAAUCAGAGCAAGUAUUGGGCCAGGCUCUUAAAGGAAUUCCAAGAAAUGCAUACACUCUGACAACCAAGGUUGGGCGUUAUCUGCCAGAAGUUGAUAAACAAUUUAAUUUUAGUGCUGAAAGGGUUACUAAGAGUGUGGAUGAGAGUUUGGAAAGACUUGGRYUAGACUACAUUGACAUUAUACAGGUUCAUGAUAUUGAGUUUGCAGAAUCAUUAGAUUUAAUCAUCUCAGAAACCCUACCAGCUCUACAAAAGAUAAAGGAASAGGGCAAAGUAAAGUUUAUUGGAAUCACUGGAUAUCCUUUGGAACAAUUCAGAACUGUUAUUGAGAAAUCCCAAGUGGCAAUAGAUACAGUGUUGACAUAUUGCAGAUGCACAAUGCAUGAUACUCAACUUUUAGAAUAUCUUCCUUUCUUUGAGGAACAUGGAGUUGGUGUCAUAAAUGCUUCUCCUAUAUCUAUGGGRCUGCUAUCUAACCGUGGACCACCAUCUUGGCAUCCAGCUACCCAGAAAACAAGAGAAAAAUGCAAAGAAGCUUCUGUGUAUUGUCAGAGUCAAGGUGUGGACAUCUCCAAACUUGCCAUGCACUUCACACUAAACAAGGAAUCAAUUCCCACUACUUUAGUCAGUACAGCAAGUCUGGAAAAUCUUAGAAAAAAUAUUGCUGCAGUUGAUGAAGAGCUAACUACAAAAGAGYGUGAUGUGCUUGACCAUGUUGUCUACAAUAUUUUCAAGCCAUGUGGAAACUUAUCCUGGGAAGGUAUUGAAGUUACUGCUUAUAGAGAGAAACUUAAGCAAAUCACAAGCUCUCAGUAGAAUUAAGGACUUUUGGAGC